CUCUUCCACGCUGCUUUGAUUUUCCCUCUCCCCCCUCUCGGAGCCGCCGAGGAACAUUUCGUAGGAGACAGCCUGUGCCGCAGGGAGAGACAGGAGCUGCCAGGGAAGGCUCUCGCAUGGAAGACGGCACCGUGGCUGCAGGGAUAGGAGCGAGCCGGCUCUGCGGCCAGUGACCCAGAAGUCGGGCGGCAUCACCCCCUGUCCUGGGAUCUAACCCAGGCCGCAUCCUCCUCCUUCUCUUCUUGGUCCUCUUCCUCUGUGGUCCCCGGGAGAGCCAGGAACUGAGCCGGAGGUGAGAAUGGAGCUGCUCUUGUCCACCCCUCACAGUAUAGAGAUCAACAACAUCACCUGCGACUCCUUCCGCAUCUCUUGGGCCAUGGAGGGUAGUGACCUGGAACGGGUCACCCACUACUUCAUCGACCUCAACAAGAAGGAGAAUAAAAACUCCAACAAAUUCAAGCAUAGGGACGUCCCCACCAAGCUGGUGGCCAAGGCGGUCCCCCUGCCCAUGACGGUGCGAGGCCACUGGUUCCUGAGCCCUCGCACCGAGUACAGCGUAGCAGUGCAGACUGCCGUGAAGCAGAGCGAUGGAGAGUACUUGGUGUCUGGCUGGAGCGAGACGGUCGAGUUCUGCACCGGAGAUUACGCCAAGGAGCAUCUGGCCCAGCUUCAGGAGAAAGCAGAGCAGAUUGCCGGCCGCAUGCUUCGCUUCUCCGUCUUCUACCGCAAUCAGAACAAGGAGUAUUUCCAGCAUGCUAGGACUCACUGCGGAAACAUGCUGCAACCCUAUCUGAAGGACAACAGCGGCAGCCACGGCUCUCCCACCAGCGGUAUGCUCCACGGGGUCUUCUUCAGCUGCAACACCGAGUUCAACACCGGCCAGCCCCCCCAGGACUCCCCCUACGGCCGCUGGCGCUUCCAGAUUCCCGCCCAGCGCCUCUUCAACCCCAGCACCAACCUCUACUUUGCGGACUUCUACUGCAUGUACACGGCCUACCAUUACGCCAUUCUGGUGCUGGCCCCCAAGGGCUCUCCGGGUGACCGUUUCUGCCGGGACCGGCUGCCCCUGCUGGACCUUGCUUGCAACAAGUUCCUGACCUGCAGCGUAGAGGAAGGGGAGCUGGUCUUCCGCCACGCCCAGGAUCUCAUCCUGGAGCUGAUCUACACGGAGCCCGUCGACCUGUCGCUGGGCACCCUGGGGGAGAUCAGUGGCCACCAGCUCAUGAGCCUCUCCACUGCCGACGCCAAGAAGGACCCCAGCUGCAAGACCUGCAACAUCAGUGUGGGGCGCUAGGGACUUGGAGGGGCCGGAUGGGUUGGAGGUGGGCAGCGAGGAGGACAUCGCCGGAGCGGAAGAUGGGACGGGACUAGCCCCAGGAGCGAGGCUUCUCUUUCUCUCUCUCUCCCUCUCCCCCCCUUUCCUUCCCUCCCUCUCUCUCUCUCUCUUCCCCCGCCAUUCCUUCUCUUCCCACCCCCUGUUCCGUCUUCGUGCGUCUCGUCUGUCUCUCUGUCUCUCUCCCUCCCUCCCUCCCCGCUGGUACUGGAGGGAUCGAGGGAGGGCUCGGGCCUCCUGACCGACCGGCGAGGCCCUUGGCGCUUCCCUCGCAGUUGAGCCAAAUCACAAAGACCCUCCCUUGUGGUGGCGGUUCUGGCUGAGCGGGCUGUGCCAGACUGGCUGGGCAAAGCUAUCGGGUGGGAGGGGUUGUGUUAGUGUCCCUGAAGUCUCCAUGUCCCUCUAGUCCCUGCGGGGCACCGUUCCUGUCCCAGAGGGCCCUGCCCUCCUCUGGGGAAGGGAAGGGACCUCGGUGCCCGGCAGCCACGGGCUGGAGGGCCUCGAUCUUCUCACGGCGGGACUCUAGGUGGACAUGCAGCAGGGUGGGGGGAAGGGUAGGGGUAGGGCGUGGGGAGGGGGCUGCACACUUUUCCAUCUCUCCCGUGGAGCUGGGUGCUCUGAGGCCCGCUCCCUAGGCCGCUCCCACCCCUGAGCCCGAAGCCCCCUAGAAAUAGUCCCCGUGCGAUGAUAAUGUAAUCUUCGGUUGCCCCUUGUCCCCGCUGUAUCUCCUGCAUGGGGAGAGCUGCCCCCGGGCAUGGCUGACGCCCCCCCAAUCCACCGCACACACACACAACCUACCCUGUCCUUCACACUCUCUAGGAUGGCCAGCUGCAGAAUGGCUGCCCUCUCUUCCUUUUUCCCGCCUGGAGGGCUCCUGGCCUUGGCUGCCGGAGUUGUUUUCUUUCUGUGGAGCUGAGGGCCCUCAGACUCUUCCACGCCCUUCUCUAGAGCGGUGGAAUUCAGUCUGGGUUUGGGAAGUGCGGCGAGGGGGAGGGGGGCAGGGAAGGGGCACCUAGAAGGAACCCAGGAGAGCCCCUUCCCCAGCCUGGUGAGGACCGGCUUGGAGCCGGCUAUGGUGCCCCACCCCGGCCCCCCGGCACAGUGUUCAGCUAUGAUGCUUUGCUCGCUCUCUUUACCCUGGUGCCGUACCCGUGUUGUGCCCGUGCGUGAGUCGGACUGAGCUUCUCCCUUUACCCCGGCCCUGGGGCGUCCUGCCCACCCGCAGGGGCCUGGCAUUGCCCCCAGAGACUCGGUGGAUUUUGCCCAAGCAGGCACCUGCUGGGUAAAGCGCCUCCCCCCGCCACCCCCCAGCUGCCUCCCAUGUUGUAGGGGGGUUUCGGGACUCCGGUGAGGAGCCGGAGCCUCCCCUCAAGGCCCGCCCCCUGCCCCCUGCAACGAUUUCCCGUAUUUGUCGUUUUAGUGUGGUCGUGCGGAGGUUGGAGCGGGUGGGCUGCCUAGGAACGAGGCGGCGAGGGUGACGUAGAAAGUGGGUGAGAAUUCCAGGCAGAUGGGGGAUGGGGGGGGGGGGGCAGGAUGGCGAAGAAAGAGAAAGAGAGAGGGGGGGUAAAAGUUCCAUUUUUGAAACCAGAAGCUAGGGCUGGGGGGUGCUCAGAGGGAGUUUGAUGCAGACAAGAUGGAGGCAGGAAGGCAGGCAGGGAGGGAGACCGGCAGACGAGGCAGUCCGGAAGGCAACGAAGUGACAAACCGAUCAGAAGGUGGUGUGGAUUUCGGGGUAACGGGCAGCCUUCCUUAGAACAGGCGACCGAGGAGGGAGUGACGGCUGGAACGGGAGGCUGUCGCAGAACGGGGAAGCCAAGAUAGAGCCAGAGGGCCUCCCCCCUUCACCGAGAAAGAGAGGGGAUCUAGAGAAAGCUGUCCCCGGGCUGGGGCCGAGGGCAAAGGGGGGAGUGGAGGAGGCUGGCGAGGAGACAGAUGGAGGAGAAGAAGCAGCAACAGGCAAUUCUGGCCCGUCCCCCUCCGCCUGCUUCCAGCAAUGCCGGCGAGGGCCCCUUCUCCCUCCCCAGUCCGCGUGUCUGGCCUGCGCUGAUGGCCGACUGUGCUGUGCUUACAAUAUGCGUCAAUAAACCACCACCGCCUGAG